UGUCUUGACUGGGGCCGCGGCUGCAGCGGGUCCAGUGCUCCGGGGGCGACGGCCGCGGCCUGCGGAGGCGGCAGGGACGGUGGCCGCGGUUGGCGCGGCGCGUCCGCACAGGGCUGGGCGCCGCGCGGCGGCUACGCAGCUGACAGGAAGCCGCCUGGGAGAGCCGCGUUGGGGCCUAGCGUUAUUUGCUUUUUCCUAUUUUUUCCUCCCGUCGCGACUGUCGUCUCGCGCUCCUCCUCAGCGGGAGCCGCCGCGACGCCCCCUCGCGGGCCGCGGGGCCUGGUAGGCGCCGCCCGCGGGAACCUGGAGCCGCCGCCUGGCCUGGGCGGCCGCCGCCGGGCCUAAAGCCUGGGCGUUCGGCGCGGCGCUGCGGCGGUCGCUCCAACCCGCGCUGGGCGCGCCGGGCCCCGGGCCUGGCUCAGCCCAGCACCGCGUCCUCUGGACCGCGACCACUCAGUCCGGCCCCAACCGCCCGUAGCCUCUCGGAGCUGCCUCCGGGGUCACCCCCGGUGGGCUCUUGCCCGCUUCCAGCGGUCCGCGGCUCGAUGGGUGGGGUGCUUUUGAACGUCCCCCCUUCUCCCUUUCUCAGCUCUUGACCGCGAGGCCAGAGCCGGGGCUCUCAGUCGCACGCACGCCGCGAUCCACCUGCCUCCCCGCGGGGAUGGCCCGCCGGUGACCGCCACCGCCGCGCGCCCUCGCUGCCCUCGCUGCCCUCGCCCAGGCUGCGCUCCGUCGCCCCGCACUCGACCCCCUCCCCUUGUCCACGGCGUCCCGGCUCCCGGCGACGCCAAGAGGGCGAAGAUGUGGCUGAAGCUGUUUUUCUUGCUCCUGUAUUUCCUGGUCCUGUUCGUCCUGGCCAGGUUUUUUGAGGCCAUUGUGUGGUACGAGACUGGCAUCUUUGCUACUCAGCUGGUGGAUCCGGUGGCAUUGAGCUUCAAGAAGCUGAAGACCAUUCUGGAGUGUCGAGGGCUGGGCUACUCCGGGCUGCCUGAGAAGAAAGAUGUUCGGGAGCUGGUGGAGAAGUCAGGUGACUUGAUGGAAGGUGAACUCUAUUCUGCUCUUAAGGAAGAAGAGGCAUCUGAGUCUGUCUCUAGUACCAACUUCAGUGGUGAAAUGCAUUUCUAUGAGCUUGUGGAAGACACGAAAGAUGGCAUCUGGCUGGUUCAGGUCAUAGCAAAUGACAGAAGUCCUUUGGUGGGUAAAAUCCACUGGGAGAAAAUGGUGAAAAAAGUGUCAAGAUUUGGAAUACGGACAGGCACUUUCAACUGUUCCAGUGAUCCCAGGUACUGCAGAAGGAGAGGCUGGGUGCGUUCCACACUCAUCAUGUCUGUGCCACAAACAAGUACAUCUAAAGGGAAAGUCAUGCUUAAAGAGUACAGUGGACGCAAGAUUGAAGUAGAGCACAUUUUUAAGUGGAUAACUGCCCAUGCAGCUUCUCGGAUCAAAACUAUAUAUAAUGUGGAGCAUUUGAAGGAAGAAUGGAAUAAAAGUGAUCAAUACUGGGUAAAAAUAUACCUAUUUGCAAACCUUGACCAACCGCCAGCUUUCUUCUCUGCAUUAAGUAUAAAAUUUACUGGAAGAGUUGAGUUUAUUUUUGUUAAUGUGGAAAAUUGGAACAACAAGAGUUAUAUGACAGAUAUUGGUAUUUAUAACAUGCCAUCAUACAUACUUAGAACUCCUGAAGGAAUUUAUAGAUACGGAAACCACACAGGUGAAUAUAUAUCCCUUCAGGCCAUGGAUUCAUUUCUGCGCUCAUUACAACCUGAAGUAAAUGAUCUGUUUGUUUUGAGUUUGGUUCUAGUUAAUCUUAUGGCUUGGAUGGACUUAUUUAUUACACAAGGAGCAACCAUCAAGCGAUUUGUGGUUCUCAUAAGCACUUUAGGGACAUACAAUUCCCUAUUAAUUAUUUCUUGGCUACCUGUGUUGGGCUUUCUACAGCUCCCUUACUUAGAUAGCUUUUAUGAAUAUAGUUUAAGAUUGCUGCGCUAUUCUAAUACAACCACACUGGCUUCAUGGGUAAGGGCAGACUGGAUGUUUUACUCCUCACACCCAGCCCUGUUUCUCAGUACAUACCUUGGACAUGGUUUGCUAAUUGAUUACUUUGAGAAGAAGAGACGUCGCGGCAACAAUGAUGAAGUUAAUGCGAAUAAUUUAGAAUGGUUAUCAAGUCUGUGGGACUGGUACACCAGCUACCUCUUCCACCCGAUUGCUUCUUUUCAGAACUUUCCUGUAGACUCUGAUUGGGAUGAAGACCCUGACUUAAUCUUGGAACGGUUAGCUUUCCCUGACCUUUGGCUUCACCCUCUGAUACCAACUGAUUAUAUUAAAAACUUACCAAUGUGGCGAUUUAAAUGUCUUGGGGUGCAGUCUGAAGAAGAAAUGUCGGAGAGUUCUCAAGACACUGAAAAUGACUCAGAUAGUGACAACAUGGACACUUUUAGUAGUAGUAAGGAUGUAUUUGAAGAUAAACAAAGCGUUGUUCACAGUUCUCCAGGAAGAACAAGCCACUGUGAUACUGAGGCUUGUUCAUGUGCCAAUAAAUGUCAGAGCAGCCCAUGUGAAAGGAAGAGGAGGUCAUAUGGAUCACAUAAUUCUAAUGAAGAUAUGGAACCGGACUGGUUAACUUGGCCUGCUGGUACGCUGCACUGUACUGAAUGUGUUGUUUGCCUUGAGAAUUUUGAAAAUGGAUGUUUGCUAAUGGGGUUGCCUUGUGGUCAUGUGUUUCACCAGAAUUGCAUUGUUAUGUGGUUGGCUGGGGGCCGACACUGUUGCCCUGUUUGUCGUUGGCCUUCAUAUAAGAAAAAGCAGCCAUAUGCACAACAACAGCCGUUGUCAAAUGACGUUCCAUCUUAACCAUGUGCAGUUUGUCGUUAAUAAGCUUUGAGUAUCUUACAGCUUGCCUUUUUAAUGUUAGUCACAAUGUUUUUGUGGUUUGAAGUUUAGUUUAAUGUUAGUGCAGUGACAGGAAAUAUACAUUAUGCUGAUGAUGAUGACAGAAUUUAUUUGGUUGCCUUGUGUGUCAAUUGAAUGCAUACUAAACUGUAAAAAAAAUUAUUUACAGCAUUGAAAAUUCAGAAGUUAAUGGUUUUUUGUAAGCACAAAAGAAGUAUGGUAGAAAUUAAUCUUAACAAGACUUUAUGAGGCAGGAUCAAGUCCUAGUGGGCCUGAGCUGGUUUCUUACCCUUACCCUAAGUGUUUUCUCCCUUUUUACAGUCUCUGUCCAGCACUUCUUGGUUAAAUAAUGUAUGCUCUGAGACAUGAAAUUAAAACAGAUCUAUAAAAUAAAUUAUUUUAAAAGCAGAAGGUU